UCUUCAUAUUCACCUACAGUAUUUCAGUCCAUCUCAGUUUGUUAUUACCACAAACCUUAUAAUAAAUGCGCACAGCAAACAGAGGGGCGGCUGUUCCACCGCGCAGACAUAUUUACCACAGUCCAACACCACGCAGCCGGUGCGAUGACGUCGGUGUGAUAUGUUGCUCAUUCUCGCCCUGGAUCCGCACUCUCCGUGAUCUGUGUCCUCUGUCCUUAUGUCCUUGGUCGUUUUAGGAAACGCAUAUUACUUCUGUAUCAUGUGAACUUGGACACGUUGGUGCUCCAUCAUCAGCACAGUGAGGGGCUAGGGCGCAGAGCAUUGACGCAUCACUUACAGCGGAACACACACACAUAUACACACACACACACACAUAGACAUAAACUGCGAAUGACCAGGGAUUCUGCAGGGAAAUAACCGACAGAGCAAGAUAUUUUUCUGGAGCUCGGCUCCCCGGCUGACGGCAGACCAGGCAUGGAUGACAAGUCGUUUACCAAGGAGCUGGAUGGAUGGAUCGAACAGCUGAACGAGUGCAGACAGCUCAGUGAGAAUCAGGUCAAAGUCCUGUGCGAAAAGGCAAAGGAGAUCCUGACGAAGGAGUCCAAUGUGCAGGAGGUGAGAUGUCCAGUGACGGUGUGUGGAGAUGUCCACGGUCAGUUUCAUGACCUCAUGGAGCUGUUUAAGAUCGGAGGGAAGUCUCCAGACACCAACUACCUCUUCAUGGGGGACUAUGUGGACAGAGGCUACUAUUCCGUGGAAACGGUUUCCCUCUUGGUUUCUCUGAAGGUACGUUUUCGUGAAAGAAUCACAAUUUUGAGAGGAAACCACGAGAGCCGACAGAUCACACAGGUCUACGGUUUCUACGACGAGUGUUUGAGAAAAUACGGAAAUGCUAAUGUGUGGAAGUACUUCACAGAUCUGUUUGACUACCUGCCUCUUACUGCAUUAGUAGAUAACCAGAUUUUCUGCCUCCACGGAGGAUUAUCGCCCUCAAUAGACACACUGGAACACAUCAGAGCGCUGGAUCGCUUGCAGGAGGUCCCUCAUGAGGGUCCCAUGUGUGACCUGUUAUGGUCAGACCCAGAUGACCGUGGUGGUUGGGGUAUUUCACCCAGGGGUGCUGGUUACACCUUUGGGCAGGACAUUUCCGAGACCUUCAACCAUGCAAAUGGGCUAACUUUGGUCUCCCGAGCUCACCAGCUUGUGAUGGAGGGUUACAACUGGUGCCACGACCGCAAUGUAGUGACAAUCUUCAGUGCACCAAACUAUUGCUACCGUUGUGGAAACCAGGCCGCCAUCAUGGAACUUGAUGAUACGCUGAAAUACUCCUUCCUACAGUUUGAUCCUGCACCACGCAGAGGGGAGCCUCAUGUUACCCGACGUACUCCAGACUAUUUUCUGUAGAGCAAUACAUAGAAUAGAAUGGCUGCAGAACACACAGAGGUUUUAUUUUAUCAAUCCCCAGAAAAGAAAAUGUGUGCUGUUCUCACAAAGAAAUGGAAUCAGACGACACAAGGACCACCAACUAUUCAACGUUUUUUCCUCUUUGUGCAUGUUUUUAUUGCUAUUAUUAAAAUACCUGUAACCACACGCGCUGGUUUGUGAGGAAAACUGAGUCAACUGUUGCCGAGAAUCACAGCAAAUGCGAGUCAUCUUUGUGUUACAGUGUUUUACGAGUGUGUUACCGUACA